GUGCGCCGGGCCGCGAGGGGCGGGAAGAGGAAGCGGAAGUGUCGCUGGCCCGGGGAGCUUCCACCUGAGUGAGUGGUCCUGGACCCUGGGAUGGAGGCGUCUAGCGAGCCACAGCUAGAUGCUAAGGCCAAGGUCACCAACCAGGUGAGUGAGUGGCCAUCCCGCCCCGGCCUCGGCUGAGCAAGGGGCGGGCGGCUGCACCUGGCCCUGCGCCCGCCCCUGGCAGAGGCGGGACGAUGCCACCGUGAGCCUUCCCCGGCUCAGCCCCCAGCUAAGGCCUGUGUCCGCGAGCCCGUGGCCUUCAUCCCGCCACCUUGCCUUGCUCCUGGAUUCCACUUUGCUUUUGAGGUGGUAGCCACUGCCAUUGUAACUUAAUCUCUCCCACCCACUCCAGCCCGGAGAGUGCAGACCAGACAUUGUUCUUCCUUGAUUAAACGCCGUUGAUUCGACACCGGACUUCCAUCAACAGCACUGUGACACAUCCUUCCUUGCCAGAUUUAGAAUCGGCAGAAUUUUGCCGUUUUGCUCAUAGAUUUUCAGUGGAAGCUGGGUAUGGCUGUGAGCUCGGACAGCUGCAGGUCACUUAAGUAUCCUUAUGUUGCCGUGAUGCUCAAAGUGGCGGAUCAUUCAGGCCAAGUAAAGAACAAGUCCUUUGAAAUGACAAUUCCACAGUUUCAGAAUUUCUACAGACAGUUCAAGGAAAUUGCUGCAAUUAUUGAAACUGUGUGAAAACUGAUUACUUGGUUGAUGAAUUGCUACCAUCAUUCUAAAAGCAUGGACUUAACUUCCUGCAGCAAAACUGCCCAAGGAUCAAAUGAUAUUUAUUGAAUGAAAAUUACACUUUUGGUUUUCCAUUUUUUAAAUAAUAAAAAAAAUCAGACAAACAGAAAUUACAAAGUGGUGAUUGAUGCACGACUUUGUGAAUGUACUAAGAGCCACUGAAUUGGACACUUUAAAGGGUGAACUCUGUGGUAUGUGAGUUAUAUCUUAAUGAAAAAAUCAAUCAGACAAACAGUUGAAUGAUAUUAAAAGCAAUGCAAGUUUAUGUAUUAGACCAAUAGUUUUAAAAAUUGCUGGUAAUGUUAUCCACUUUAUAAGCAAACUCUUAUAUAGAGUCCUUUAUACUCUUAUAUAUAAAGUAGAUAUAAAUGACAAAAGUAGUAUUUGAUUAGGAUAAUGUUACUUUACAAAUUCAGUUUUAUAACAUUCAGUUAUUAUGACAGCACUCGGAAGAGUGAGGCUGCUCCUUCCCAAACAUUUGGAAUCAGGUUAGGAUUGGCCAUUGCUCCCUUACAUUCGCUGAGCAUUCAGAUGUUUCUGUUAUUAAUGUUUGUAGAGCGUUCAAAUAUGUGCACAGACAUAAAAAAAAUAAGUUUUAUUCUGAGUUUAUAUACAACUGAGUUAACCUGGUAGCACAAGUUAUUGUGUUAGAUGAUCCCUUUUGAAUUUAGAUUUAUAAACCGUUUGUUAAAAUAUAAAACCACAGCAAUCAACACUCUAUGGCAUCGCUCAGGAAAAUAAACAGAUCACUGGAAUAGACUAGGUGGCCUAGAAACAGGUCAAGAUAUUUGGGACAAAGAUGAUAUUUCAGUUGGGUGAGAAAAUAGGAUUAAUUUAAUAAAUGAUACUAGCAGUCACAACACAUGCAAAGGUAAAUUCCAGAUGAAUUGAUGAUUUAACUAUAAAAGAUAAAAAUUAGACGUUUUACAGAAUAUUUAUGUUAACUAAGGCUUGGGAAGACAGCAACUCCACAGCUAUACCAUAAAACAUACAUAUAUUUGAAAUAUAAGAAAAAAUUAUAGGUGGGAAAAAAUGGGUCAUAAAGAUAAAAGACAAAUGCUAGGUUGAUGUAUAAGUUAGCUCUUAGUUGGGAAACAAAUUGCUUUAAAUAUUUCAAGUAGGAAAAGAUUUUAUACAAGAAAUGAGAUGUUCACUAAACUGUCAGAAAGACUGAGGGAAUAGGUCAGGAGAAAUCAUUGCUGGCUUUUAGAAAAUCCGGUAGUGCAGGAAUUUCAGGGAAAGCCCCUGCCAAUAAUCUCUGCACAAUGCAGGAUGUCACCUGGAAGCCACUCUACAGGCCAUUUCUGCCAAGUGUCAACAUGUUAGAAUGAAAUAAAGGCUGCUUGCUUUCUUCACCCUUCUAAUUUCAGUGAGAGUGCCUCUAAUUGCUGGAAGUUAAACCAGGACGCUGUUGAUACAGGAAUCUGGUCAAUUGAGUUUCUAGUCUUUUAACUCCUUUGGAGGGGAGAUGUAGAAAAGCAAGAAAGGUGCUGAAUAUUCCUACUUUGCUGAAAGAAAUAGGAGUUAUCAUGGUCUUUUUUGCACAGUGAUAGACACACACAUUAUAUAGAAAUUUCACAGCCCAGGAAUUUCAGUCCAGAAAUACACCCUUUGGAAUAAAGCUACCAACACAGUAAGUCCCCUAUACACAAACCUUAAAGUUGCGAACUUUCAAAGAUGCGAACCCACGUUUGCAUGUCCAGUCAUGUAAGUUUGUUCAUGUGUCCAGUGUACAUUGUCACGUGUGUGCAUCCUCUGUAAGUGGUUGUGCUUUUGUGUACUUUACUGUACAGUACUGUAUAAAGUACAGUGGAACAGUAUCUUCAUUUCAAGCCCAGGAUGUCCAGAAGCAAGAAGGUAGAUAGAACUGAAUCCAGCAAGGAACCAGAACCUGUGCCAUCAACGUCACACGUGAGUGAACAUGCAGCUGGCCCUCUGUCUCCUAUUGCUGGCGAUCCUUCAGCUCUACCAUCUCCCACCUCCUCCCCCUCCUCCAGUCAGUAAUUCUUCUUGCCCGUUCACUCGAUGCCAGCCCAGCUGUUGUACUGUACUAAUGUACUUUUCAAGGUACUGUACGGUAAAGAUUAAAAAUGUUUUCUUUUUUGUGUCUUUUUUUUAUGUAUUAUUUGUGUGAAAAGUAUUAUAAACCUAUUACAGUACAGUACCGUAUAGCCGAUUGUGUUAGUUGGGUACCUAGGCUCACUUUGUUGGACUUAUAAACAAAUUGUACUUACGAACGCGCUCUCAGAACGGAACUCGUUCCUAUGUAGGGGACUUACUGUAUAUAAAAAUAUUUGUAAAAUUGGCUAUAUGUUCAUCCAGUUCCUUUUAGGGCACACAGGAAGACUGCAUUUCCCAGCCUCCUUGCAGUUAGUUUGGGACUCGUGAUCGGGUUGUAGCCAGUGGAAUCUGGGCAGGAGGGUCCUAAGCCACAUCCGGUGUUUGUCAUAAACCUUUCCUUGCCUUCCAAGCCCUCUCCCAUGGUGACUGCUGGAAGCGAAGAAAUCUGAGGUAACGAAACCAUAAAAUGGAUCCACUGUAUCCCGAUUGGAGGCAGACUCCUCAUGGUAACCACCUGACUUGCACCAGGCAGUGAUGUGAGCCAGAAACAAUCUCUUGGGGUAAGCUGGUGAGAUUUUUAGAAUGUUCAUUUACAACAGCAAGUGAGCAUAAACUGGGAUAACACAAGAUAUUUGUAUGAAUAUUUUUAUUGUAGCAUUUCUCCAAGUGGUAAAAAGCAAAAUAAGAAAGCAGUGACUAUCUGUCAGUAAAGAAAUUUUUGAAUAAAUUCAUCAUAUCUAUGCUGUAGCUUGUCAUACACCUGCCUUUAUCAAUAUGUAUUAACAAUACACCUGCUAUUAACACGUUUCAUAAAAUUGUGUAAAAUGCACUCAAUAUGUAUUUGAAUUCUUAGUGGAAAAUUAGGAAGAUUAAGGAAAGAUGUUUACCAGAUCAUAAGUAUUGGUAGAGAGGGUAUCAGGAAAGGAGAGCACUUAAAAUAUUUUUAAGUCCAUAAUGCAUUAUAAAAAAUAUGUAUCAUUGUUUUAAAAAAAUACUUGAUAAAAAUGUU